UGGAGCCGGGCGUGUCGCGGUGGGCGGGCUCCAGUGCGGUGCUGAUGCUGUCUCUUCUAUUCCACGGUUGCAGGUGGAACGGCUGGGCUGGCUCAUUUCGCAUCUGCUAGCUGGAGAAGAAAAAACGGCAUUCUGAUCUGCUUCACGCACUGGAUAACAAAAUAAGCGGCACAUCGCGGAAUAUUACACCGUUGAAGUCUGGAGAGUUAUCGGGAAGGAUUUCAGAAAGACACAAAUCCAUGACUGUGGGGACAAUGAGAGGACCCAGACCAGCCUAAGCUGUGGUGGACCGACCAGAGGCUUCAGGAGAGGAAGGGGUUAACGCCAUUGGAGUCAUGAACAUACCUUGCUGUCCAUGUAACACCAGACAGCUCUGACACAGUCCUCCUCAGUGCUCUCUCUACCUCCCCUUUUUCCCCCUUUCCUGAAAACAAAAUCUCUGAACACGUACAGACAGACAGUAUCUCUUGCCACAAAAUUUACUUCGUUUUCCUAAAAAGCUAUAUCUGGAAUCCAAGGACUGGGAUUUCUGUCUGGAAUAAGGAGUUUAGUUAAGGGACGGAACGUUGUGUUAAAAGUAUCGGAAUUCCCCCUGCCAGUCCACCGUCCUCGUUUUUCCCUGUGAGACCCAGAGGCACCAACCAAUGGAGAAACGGAGAAGAGAGACAGGAUAAAACAGCAGAGAAAUAGAGCAAAUCCAGAGAGAACUGCUGAAUCGGCAGAGUAGGAAUCUGGAAUUGGGUCCUGUGAGGGUUUUUCUUCUCCCACACUUUCCCCAGCCUAGAGGACUCUCCUUAGCGAGUACCAGACAUAACAACCAUUAUUUACACUUAAAAAAACAAACAAAAACGACAACGACAGCUGCAACUACGCUAGGCUGAGCUACGUCCCUGUGUGGAGGAUUUGAACAUAUAGGAAGACGAUAGGGAUUUAGGAUUGGGAUCACAACCAUGACGAGGGGCUUGAGGUUUCCCGCGUGGCCCCUGGCGUUCCUCAGUCUGCUGGUGACGAUCCGUGCGCUGGAGUUUGGCGGGGCCCCCGGCCAGUGGGCCCGCUACGGGCGUUGGGAGGCGGGCUCAGUGGGCGAACUGAGCUUCAGUCUGAAGACCAAUAUCAGCAAGGCCCUGGUGCUCUACCUGGACGACGGCGGCAACUGCGACUUCAUGGAGCUGCUGAUCGCCGGCGGGCGCCUCCAGCUGCGCUUCGCUAUCCACUGCGCUGAACCCGCCACCUUACACAUGGAAACCCGGGUCAACGACGACCGCUGGCACAUGGUGCUCCUCACACGCAACUUCCGCGAGACUCUGCUCAUGGUGGACGGCGAGACCAAGGUGGCGGAGGUCAAGUCCAAGCGGAAGGAGAUGGCGGUGGUCAGUGACCUGUUUGUGGGCGGCAUCCCGCCUGACGUGCGCCUCUCAGCCCUUACGUCCAGCACGGUGAAGUACGAGCCCCCAUUCCUGGGCCUGAUCUCCAACCUGAAGGUGGGCGAGAUGCCCCCUACCCUGCUCAACAGCCAGGGCAUCCAGAGUGACCUGGAGUAUCUGUGCACCAAGCAGAACCCCUGCUUCAACGGAGGCUUCUGCUCCAUCCAGUAUGGCGAGGUGCACUGCGACUGCACACACACCCGCUACAAGGGAAAGUACUGCAAGGAAGAAGAGUAUGCUGUCGAAGGUCUGGCGCACCUGACGUUAAGCAACCAAGGUGACUCAUCGCAGGGCGGGAAGGAAGAGUCGGUGGCCACCUUCAAGGGGAACGAGUUCUUCUGCUACGACCUGUCGCUGACGCCAAUCCAGAGCAGCACGGACGAGAUCACGCUCUCCUUCCGCACGCUGCAGCGCAACGGCCUCAUGCUGCACACUGGCAAGUCGGCCGACUACGUCAACCUGUCGCUGAAGAGCGGCGCCGUGUGGCUGGUCAUCAACCUGGGCUCGGGUGCUUUCGAGGCACUGGUGGAGCCCGUCAAUGGGAAGUUCAACGACAACACCUGGCACGAUGUGCGCGUCACCCGCAACCUGCGUCAGCACGCAGGCAUUGGACACGCUAUGGUGACUAUAUCAGUGGAUGGUAUUCUGACCACUACUGGUUAUACCCAGGAGGACUACACCAUGUUAGGAUCAGAUGACUUCUUCUACAUAGGGGGGAGUCCCAAUACUGCAGACCUGCCUGGAUCACCCGUCAGCAACAACUUCAUGGGCUGCCUUAAAGACGUGGUGUACAAGAAUAACGACUUCAAGCUAGAACUCUCCCGGCUAGCCAUCGAGCGGGACCCUAAGAUCAGCCUGAACGGAGAUCUUGUCUUCCGCUGCGAGGACGUGGCCGCCCUGGACCCCGUCACCUUCGAGUCCCCCGAGUCCUUCAUCGCCCUGCCCAAGUGGAACACCAAGAAAACAGGCUCCAUCUCCUUUGACUUCCGCACCACAGAACCCAGCGGCCUGCUGCUGUUCAGCCACGGGCGCCCCCAGGGUCCUAAAGAGCAGAAGCCGGGUCGAGACAUGAAGUCAGACUACUUUGCUAUGGAGCUGCUGGACGGGUUCCUAUACCUACUCAUGGACAUGGGGUCGGGGAGUAUCAAGCUGAAGACCAGUAAUAAGAAGGUGAACGACGGGGAGUGGUGCCAUGUGGACUUCCAGAGGGAAGGGAGGAAAGGCUCCAUCUCGGUGAACAGCCGCAGUAUCCCCUUCAACUCCAACGAGGGCAGUGAGAUCCUGGACCUGGACAGCGACAUGUUCCUGGGGGGUCUCCCCGAGACCCGCUCUGACCUGGUGCUGCCCCCCGAGGUCUGGACCGCCCUGCUCAACUACGGCUACGUGGGCUGCGUCCGCGACCUCUUCAUUGAUGGCAAGAGCCGCGACGUGCGCCGCCUGGCCGAGAUCCAGAGCUCACCGGGCGUUAGCAGCUUCUGCACCCGCGAGCUUCAGAAGAGGUGUAGCAGCACCCCCUGUGGGAACGGAGGCCUGUGUAAAGAGGGAUGGAACCGCUACAUAUGCGACUGCACCGGCACCGGCUACCUGGGCAGCAACUGUGAAAUCGAGGCGACGGUGCUGAGCUACGACGGCAGCAUGUACCUGAAGAUCAUCAUCCCGGGCACCAUGCACACCGAGGCAGAGGAUGUGGCGCUACGGUUCAUGUCCCAACGUGCAUUCGGUCUCCUCGUGGCCACCACCUCCAAAGAGUCCGCCGACACCCUGCGGCUAGAGCUGGACGGUGGCAGGGUCAAGCUGACUGUCAACCUAGGUAAAGGACCUGAAACGCUCUUCGCUGGCCAGAAGCUCAACGACAACGAGUGGCACAUGGUGAAAGUGGUGCGCCGAGGAAAGAACUUCCAGCUAUCCGUGGACAACGUCACGGUGGAAGGCCAGAUGACAGGUGCCCACACGAGGCUGGAGUUCCACAACAUUGAGACGGGUAUCAUGACCGAGCGUCGCUUCAUAUCUGUGGUGCCCUCCAACUUCAUCGGUCACCUCCAGGGCCUGACAGUCAACGGCGUGCCCUACCUGGACCAGUGCAAGAACGGUGACAUCUCCUACUGCGAACUCAACGCCCGCUUUGGCAUGCGCCACAUCAUCGCCGAUCCGGUGACGUUUCGAACGAAAGCAAGCUAUCUAGCGUUGGCUACUUUGCAGGCCUACGCCUCCAUGCACCUCUUCUUUCAGUUCAAGACCACCACGUCGGACGGGCUGCUGCUCUUCAACUCGGGGGAUGGCAGCGACUUCAUCGUUGUGGAGCUGGUCAAAGGCUACGUCCAUUAUGUCUUUGACCUCGGCAACGGCCCGUCGCUGAUGAAGGGUAACUCGGACAAGCCGCUCAACGACAACCAGUGGCACAACGUGGUGGUCUCCCGGGACGCCAACAACGUGCACACGCUCAAGAUCGACUCCCGCACCGUCACCCAGCACUCCAAUGGAGCCCGCAACCUGGACCUCAAAGGGGAGCUGUACAUCGGUGGCGUGGGGAAGAGCAUGUACAACAGUCUGCCCAAGCUGAUCGCGUCCCGGGACGGGUACCAGGGCUGCCUGGCCUCGGUGGACCUCAACGGGAGACUGCCAGACCUGAUCGCAGAUGCCCUCCACAGGGUGGGCCAGGUGGAGCGAGGCUGCGACGGACCUAGCACCACCUGUACGGAGGACUCCUGCUACAAUCAGGGCGUGUGUCUCCAGCAGUGGGAGGGCUUCUCCUGCGACUGCACCAUGACGUCCUAUGGAGGCUCCUUCUGUAGCGACCCUGGGACAACCUACAUCUUCGGGAGAGGAGGAGCCCUCAUCACAUACACCUGGCCCCCCAACGACCGGCCGAGCACACGGGCAGACCGGCUGGCGGUGGGAUUCAGCACGCAGCUCAAGGAGGCUGUGCUGGUCAGGGUGGAAAGCGCAGAGGGACUGGGAGACUACCUGGAGCUGCACAUAGAACGAGGAAGGAUCGGCGUCAUCUUCAACGUGGGAACGGACGACAUCGUCAUCGAGGAGAGCGCGGUGAUGGUGAGCGACGGCAAAUACCACGUGGUGCGCUUCACGCGCAGCGGCGGCAACGCUACCCUGCAGGUGGACAGCCAGCCCGUCAUCGAACGCUUCCCCACAGGUCGACAGUUGACCAUCUUCAACAGCCAGGCGUUCAUCAAGAUUGGUGGUGGUGGCGGCGACAAGGCCCGUCACUUCCAGGGCCAGAUCUCGGGCCUCUACUACAACGGGCUGCAGGUACUCAAGCUGGCAGCCGAGGGUGACCCCAACGUGCAGGCCAAGGGCAACCUGCGGCUAGUGGGCGACGUGCCCUCAGUGCUCACCACGGACACCACCAGCACCACGCCGCUGGCCGACAUGUCCACCACCAUCAUGGAGACAACCACGACCAUGGCUACCACCACCACCCGCAAGCAGCGUUCACCCACCAUGAGGGACAGUGUCACACAGAACACGGAUGAUCUGUUGGUAGCAUCUGCUGAGUGUCCCAGCGAUGACGAGGACUUGGAGGAGUGCGAGCCUGGAAAUGGAGGUGAAUUAGUGUUGCCCAUAAUAACGGUGGACUCCCUAGACCCCCCAUCCAUCGCCACCCGCUACCCUGUAAUCCCCCCGCCCCCCACCUACCGGCCCCUCCUACCCUUCCUCGAAACGACCAAAGAGUCCCUCCCCCUGCCCAACGGUCGCCCCCCCUGCCCACUGGACCAGGAGGACUGCGAGGAGGCGGGACCCAUCGAGGUGUCCGCCUAUGGCUCGGGUGAGAUGACCGAGUCGGACGACGAGGACUAUUACAAAAACUCCCCCCUCGUCACCGACAGGACGGUCCUCCCCCCUUCCCCCAACGAGGCCAACCCCAACCAGCUAGGCCCCAGGCUCAACAAGCCCGGCGGCAGCAGCAGCAAAAACCCCGCCGGCAAGAUGAACACCCGGGACCAGGUGCUGCUGCCGCCCACCCACCCCUCCUCAGACCCUGACCGCCACCGCCACGUCCCAGGCGUAACCUACCCUCCCAAUUUCCCCCAUGUGCCCACCCCAGACCCCACCUCCCCAGAGAGAGGAGGGCCUCCCGGCGCGGUAGAGGUAAUCAGGGAGUCCAGCAGCACCACGGGCAUGGUGGUGGGCAUCGUGGCGGCCGCUGCCCUCUGCAUCCUCAUCCUGCUCUACGCCAUGUACAAGUACCGUAACCGGGACGAGGGCUCCUACCAGGUAGACCAGAGCCGAAACUACAUCAGUAACUCGGCCACGCAGAGCAACGGCACCCUGGUGAAGGAGAAGCAGCCGGGCACAGCCAAGACAACCACCAAGAACAAGAAGAACAAAGACAAGGAGUACUACGUCUGAGACCGGCCUAGCCAGAGACAGAGGACGAAAGGAGACGCACAGAGAGAGAGGAAGGGAGGGGGAGAGAGGAGAGGGGAGAGAUGGAGGUAGAGGAAGGAGAAAGGUAAGGCAGUAUAUGAACUGACAACUGUAAAGUAAUUAGCAAAAUCUUUGUGGGCAAAGUUUCAAUUUGUUUAGUAUAUAGGUUACAUUGCCGCCAAAAUUACCUCCUCGCUUUCCUCCUCAACCCAUUUAGAGCCUAAAGCAAAGGGAGAAAGGAUGGGAUUGGCACAGGAACGUUUUAAACGUCUUAAUCAGAUCGACACAUAGUCCUAUUUUUUCCACAACUAUUCGAAAUAUUCUUGGUAUUUUUCUUCAAUACAGUAAUAUUCUUUCUCACUUAGCCUCAUAACAUUUUCUUUGAGAACACAAACAGACAAAGUCUUGACUACAAUGGCCGCCAAACCUCGCUCAAUACAACAUAAUUUUGUGCCAACAGUCAUACCCAGAGCUCAUGCUACAACGGAGCUAGGUAAUCCAGCACCAUUUAAAGGGUAUUGUAUAUAGCCUACAAUCAGAGUUAAGCAUGGUGAUUGACUAUAGAGAGACACAUGGAAGGAAGAACCACCAUCAGUGUUUGAGCAGAGACCUAUUCAUCGGUAUCAUAGGUUAAGUAUCUGGUUUAAAUAGCUAAAAAGCUAACAUAUUAAAUCAUAAACGUAUUGAUUCUAUCUACUAGAUGGGUUUGUAUUGGAAGUUCAAACCCCACUGCUAGCCAAGUACAGUAAUGCCAAAAUGCUGCCAAACAUACAGAAACUAGGUGUAAAAUCUGCCUCCUUCCCUCAUCUAAGUAUUCAAACAUCACCUCGCUUGUCUCUCGUGAAGUCUCUCCCUCUUUCUCUCCCUCCUUCUCUCACUCGUGAGCAUCUUUUUCUGUCCCUGUCUAUGGUCCUGAGGAGCUGAUGCAACAUUAUUCUGCUGUGUUUCAAGCAUGUAGUAUUCAUUUCCUGAAAAAGAGAAACUUUCUGUGGAGAAAACACAAAAAAAUGACGACGAUAACUAGCAAACCGCGUGUGAGAACAACACCUUGAACCAACCAACGGAUGCUACCUAUUACGUUUUAGCCACCAAAACAACUACUGAGGCCAAAACCCUGGGUCGUCUUUCAGUUCUCCAGCAGAUAUCCGUAAUGUGUUUUUCUUGGGGGGCUCCACACAGCGUUUCCCCCUACUGAGCCCACUACCGCAGAGGAUGUGGCUCACGUCGUUACAGUCCUAUCACACACAAACCAGAAACCAACCUCCAGCAGACAACCUGACUUUGUUCUAUAUAAAUAUAUAUAUGUAUAGACGUUUCAGAGAAAAAAACCCUAUGGACCUAACUGAGAGUGUGUCAUAAGAGGAGAAAUGCACCCUAAUGCACGUGCAUCAGUGGACUCGGUGAUAGAUAACGAAGAUGAUGGACAAUUGAUACUUGACGUGAGACCGAUAUCCCCCACCAAUCCCCUUAAUCAUGCACACUAUGACCAACAUUCAACGACAGUGGGAAACGCAGUCCCACUAAGGUGGAGAUUAAAAGGAAGAGUGGGACGGUGUUUUUUUGUUUGCUGUUUUUGUUUUUUAGUUUCUUUCCCUGAAAAAUGAGAGACAUUUGAUGGAAAUUGUGAAUUAAUUUGCUGGAGUCCCACUGUCGCCCCCUAGUGUUGGGGGGAAAGCGUACGCUACCUUGGAUCUGCGUUCUAGCCUCUCAUUGGUCAAGACUGAUGACAGCCAAUGAGGGCAAGCCCAGUGAAAAACGUUAAAUGGAAAAAAACACAGAACAAGGCGAACAGCAAGUUCACUUGCAGAUGUACAACAAGAACUCUAGUAUUCCAAUUUUCUCAACUCUAUUAAAAAAGAAAACUGUACCAUGAAAAGAAAAGAAAAACCUUAAAAAAAGUUUGUGAAAUGUCUAAAUAUUUGAAUCUCUCAUCCCAUUACUAAGAAAAUGUGUUUUCCCUAUUACCAUUCCUGUUCGGAGAAAAAAUAUGACAAAGAUAAUCAAUUCUGGGAAAUUUAAAAUGUAUAUGUUAUUUUUUGGUAAUUAAGCAAAUGUGAUUUGGGUUACAAACAUUAAACCUCUCCUCCAUCCCUCCUACUGCCAUCUCAAUCCAUUCUUGUCCCACGUUCAUCCCUUCAUCUCUCCAUACCUCAUCCCCUUUUCUCACAAUGGCAGAUUGUAGGUAACCAUUUAACUGAAGACCGCACAUGGUCUCAUCCAUCCUCUAUUUUCUAUUUUCUAUUCUUUUAUAUCUAUCUAUAACUGCUAGAGUCAAAAUGGCCGCCAUGUCUGGAGAAUGACUCCAUCCCACCCAUCCUUUUUCCUCAUCCAGUUUGUCCGGUUUCUCUUUCAAUCCAUUGCAAAAAGAACCAUCCUCCUCCCAGUAUCUUCCUGUUCUUUCUAAAUGUUACUGUAAAGUGUUCCAGUGAGAUUACUCUAAAUAUGUGUACAUUAACAGAGGGGAAUACACUUGGUUAUAUACUUCUUCUA